AGCAUGUGAGAAAAGGCCAAGAUGCUGAUACUGAGGGGACUGCUCAGCCCACCAGACAUUCUGAUGCCAUUCAGCAAGCAUCCUCUGAAGCACCUGGCACUGACACUAGCAAAGAGGUGCUGCUGGGACCUGAUGGGGAAGAACUAUAUGAACAGAAUCUUGUUGAACUUGAGGUGCUGGCCAGGAUGGUGUUUGACUAUUUAGCCACUCACCAAGAGGCUUUCUUCAAUAACCUACUGCCUCGGGAUCCAACAAACAGAGAUGCAGCACAAUUGUAUGAUCUUUUGCUGGAAAUGUACAAGGAUGGCAAGUUAAGGCUGCUGCAGGAACGUGUAUUUGGGCCCUUGAAAGUCAGCAUGGCUCAAGCUGUCGAGCAUUGGUCAACAGACUGAUGCUGCUGUGCAUUGAAGAAACGUGAUCAUCUGCUUGGGUGGAGUAGAUGCAAAAGAAAUGUUUCCUUUAGUUUCUGAAAGGAUGACUUUAUGGAUGAAAUUAUAUUUUUAUUUCUGAA